ACGGAACUCCACGCCCCUCCUCCGAGCUAGUUGCGGCCCGAGCUGUUGGGGAGAGCGGAGCGGGAGCGCCAUGGCGACGAUGAUUCUGGGCUACUGGGAUAUUCGAGGGCUUGCUCAUGCCACCCGAUUACUACUGGAGUACACAGGAACCCCUUAUGAAGAUAAGUUAUACAGCUGUGGUGAAGCACCUGACUAUGAUAAGAGCCAAUGGAUCAAUGAAAAGGAAAAGCUGGGCCUGGACUUUCCUAAUCUCCCCUAUCUAAUUGAUGGGAAGACCAAGCUUACACAGAGUAAUGCCAUCCUCCGGUACAUUGCACGGAAGCAUAAGAUGUGUGGAGAAACCGAGGAGGAGAUUUCCAGAGUGGACAUACUGGAGAACCAGGUGAUGGAUUUCCGCAUGAGUCUUGCGAUGGUCUGCUACAGUCCUGAUUUUGAGAAACUGAAGCCUGGGUAUUUGGAGCAACUCCCAGGAAAACUGAAACUGUUUUCCCAGUUCCUGGGAGAUAGAAAGUGGUUUGCUGGGGAGAAGAUCACGUUUGUUGACUUCCUCAUGUAUGAUGUCCUUGACCAGAACCGCAUGUUUGAACCCAAGUGCCUGGAGCAGUUCAAGAACCUUCAGGAUUUUCUCACUCGUUUUGAGGCCCUGGAGAAGAUUGCUGCCUAUAUGAACUCCAGCCGCUUCAUGAAGACUCCUAUCAACAAUAAGAUGGCCAAGUGGGGCAACAAGAAAGAGUAGGAGGAGGAACAGCUCUUAAUUGCUGUUGAAAUGCUGACACCCCCCCUUCCCCAUCAACUCUUUUGGCCUUAGCUGGAAUUGGAUGAAUACACUUGAGGGCAGUGCUCUAGUGUUGCUGGUCUUUUCCCCCUUUUGUAGAACAAUUGAUAAGAUUUCUGUCUUUGGCUUGAAAGCUGUAAUAACCAAUAAAGAAUCUUGGAAUUA